UUCGAGGAGGCUGUUCACGAGGUCGACCACCAAUAACCCACCUAGGAAGGAGCACCUUCUUGCGCGAUCCACGGCAACAACAACAGAAUCGACGGUCGACAGAAGAUACUGCACGCAAAUAUUUUGCCAAAGAGAACAAAUAGAACGAAGACACACACACCACGGCGACAAGGAAUAAGACUAACAUGGGGACUCCCGUUCGCGCUGCCGUCGGGAGGUUGAGGGCCCUAGGACCCCACGCGAGCGGUUUCGCCGAUUAUCUCUCCUGCAAUACGAAGGGCUUCCUGGCGGCCAACGAAGAAGUUUCCGAGAGCUUUCCCUUGGUGGUGAGGAGGAGCGGCGCGAAGGGCUAUGGGUUGCUUUGCGGGCCACGCCCUGCAAGCCUUCCCCUCCGCCCGCCCCAAUGCUCUGUGCCCAUGGAAAGGGUGGGAGAGGAAUUGCUUCGAGUGCCUCCGGCGGUGUGGCUCCCUUACUGCGCAGAAGCUGCCGUUCGAAAGGCCGAAGCCGGUGCUCCCGACUUUCUGGCACGCCUGAGCAAUACCUGCGCCAAGAUUGGGGGAGGGGACGCCCUUGAGGUGGCCCCGGUGGCCUGUCUCGCCCUGGAGCUUCUGUUCACCCUUGAGAGGGAUGCGCGAGAGCCGUACCUGGGGCUGCUGUGGGAGGCGUCUACCUCGGAGGAUGCGUUGCCUCACCCGCUGCUCAUGGGACCGGACCACCUGGAUCUGCUUCAGGUGGGGGCGGACACAAGCGCGCAGGCUAGCCCCUUGCGCGAUUCCAUCACCGCCGCCUCCAAGAUAUACAGCACUCUGCAUCGAAGCCUCUUCGGCCUGGAAGGGGGUGACGCCGACUCCUCGUCUCGAGGGGGGGUGCAUCACGCAGGAAUACAAGUAUCUCCGUCAGCGUCAACGACGAGGGAUUUCCUGUGGGCUCUGGGCGUCAUCCUAUCGAGGGGCGUCUCCGAGGAGGGCGCGGGUGGGGUAGGCCUGGUGCCCUACCUGGACUUUGCUAACCACGGCGACGGAGGGAAAGGAGGAGGCGUUGCGUUGGGGGACGGCGGCGCCUCCUGCGAGAGAGGUUUCGACGCGGCAACCGGGAGGCAUGUUCUUCGGGCCCUGCGGGACAUUGCGCCGGGAGAGGAGCUGUUGAUCGACUACGGGUCGGCCGCGAAAGGAGCAUACCGGUUCGCCAGGACCUACGGUUUCGUCAACUUCCGCCAAACCACUGGCGGCGGCGGCGGCAGCAGCAGCAGCAGCAGCAGCAGCAACAGCAACAGCAACAGCAGCGCCGGCAGCAAUGCCGGCGACAAUGGCGAGCCCUCCAACGACAACGGCGGCGGCGGCAGUGACGACAACGAUGACGGUGGGAACAGGGGGCGACGGCUAAUUGGUGGUAUCCCGUCCGGCUCCGAUUCUCUCCGCGUGCACGUGGGCUUAUCGUCACCCGCCGGACAAGAACAGAAGGAACAGCAGCAGCAGCUAGUCGUGCCAGUGAGGCUCGCGGACGUAGCAGCAGCGGCAGCAGCGACGUUCGAGGAGCAAGUCCUCGAGGAACCGAACCGGCGUUUGUUGAGCCCAGAAACUGACCAAGAAGGAGAGGCUGCCGACGUUUUUUCCGGUGCUGUGGCGGCAACCGCGAAGUUCGCGGCGGGAGCAAGAGCGGCGCAACCAGGCACACGAGUGGCGGUUGCCGCCGCCGAGGUUGAGGCUCUCGAGGAGCGGUUGCGCCGCUACCCCACCACCUGGCAGGAGGACUUGGAAUUGCUCGGGCUCGUCGCUUCCGACGGGACGGAAGAAGAUAACUCGGCAGACGGAACGGGGGGAACCCGUCGCCCGCAGACAGAGAAGACGUCCGCAGCGGCAGGGGCAAAGGGAGCGGCGUUAAAAGCAGGAGCGGCAAGCGGGGCGGUGACGGCGGAGUGGGCGGAAACGUGCAUCUCCUUGCGGGCGGCUGAGAAAAUCGCUCUCCAGCGGGCACUGCGCACGGCAAGGAGGCCUCGGUGA